AUGGACGGCCACGGUGGGGUGGGGACGUCAGGGUACGGUGAAGAGGGUGAAGAUGAUGAUGACGAAGAGGAAGAACGAAAGGGUGGCACUGUGGCCGCGCAGGGGUCCAGACUGCCCCCCAUAGCGGGCGGCGGCUCAGAGCCAUCUAAACGGAAGGUGAAGAAGAAAAAGAAGAAAAAGACCAAGGGGUCGGGCAAGGGGGACGCUGAUAAACAGCAGAGCCGAGGCCUGAAGAAUCAGACGCUUUCCUCAUCUUCUCAUGACAUCUUAAAUCUGAGCAAAGAUAACUGCCUGAAGCAAAAGCAGAAACAGGAAAACACGCACACCCUCUCUUACCCCUCAGCAGGAAGUCUCCCCAACUUUGGUGAUGUAGAAGAGAACCUUUCAAACCAGAUUGACGAAAGUCUGCGUUGGGAUGGGAUUCUCUCAGACCCUGAGGCAGAAAAAGAAAGGAUUCGCAUAUAUAAAAUGAACCGGAGGAAGCGGUACCGGAUUUGGGCCCUUAAGGGUUUCCAUUCAGAGCAGGCUGCUGAGGAGACAGAGGAGACCCUUCCCUACUUCUCAGAUAGAGACGGCAGCUCCACCAGCAGACCACCCCUCUAA